AUGAUGAUGAAUCUUAGCAGUGGCCAUUGCCUUAGUCCUCUUGGAUUAGAAGGGGGCUGGAUUCCGAAUGGUGGUCUGGAUGCAUCUACUCAGAUUGACUCUGAGCAUACACCAAAGCACGCCAGGCUUCACGGCCCCUCCGCAUGGAUUCCAUCCCCGGAUGAUCCCGAACCACAGCUGACGGUUACCUUUGAGAUGGCAUAUGUUACCGGUGUAGUGAUCCAGAGUGGUCCUGAAAGUGUUGGUUCGUGGGUGGACUCCUUCAGAUUUAGAUUCGAUCCUGGCUUAGAGAUCGAGGACAUAGUCAUAGAAGGAGACUGGAAGCCCGGGAAAGUGUACCGCCUUCUGUUCGUCAAACAUUAUCGGAUUGACUUAAUGAGGAUUAACCCACGGAGUAGGUCGAUCUUUUCUUUGCGUCUCGAAAUCCUGGGUUGCCGGACUGAUUGUUUCUUCGAUCUCGGUCUUUCAUCUGGCCAUUUACCUGAUGACAGCAUCAAGAUUUACCGUGAAGGAAACAUCACCUCGGAAGCCCCAGACAGCGUUCGGAUGCUUCCCGUUCACUUGUUUCCAUCGGACGGGCUAUCGUCUGGUGGGUCUGAUGACGAUCUCGCUGUCCGCAUUGACUUCAACACCACCACCCUCGUCAAGGAUAUCAUCGUCCAGACAAGCGGAGAUUCGAAUCUCAAGAAAUUCAGUUUGCAGUACGACAACCAUUCGGAGAUAGUGUUCGACAUCUCUGACUGUAAUCUCAGAUUAUGCAAGAUGGCGAUCGACAACCCCCUAGCGGUAACCUCAGUCACCAUUAGCAAUUUAGAAUGGACUCCUUCUUCGUCUAACUUCUUCCGUUUUGAGCUUCUGGGGUGUAUCACUGUAGAUUGCAUCACGCCUUAUUGCAUUGAUAACUGCAACCUGACUAUGCUAGGGUCCGAGGACGCUAAAGAGAUCGCCGAGUCUCGGACCGCCUUGAUGCCAGCAAGAUCCAUCUGCGAGCUCAAUAUUCCGAAAAGAGAGGAGAUGUUCAUCACUUUUAUAUUACUUGGAUUCAAUUGUGACGAACAAAACGCAGAUGAUGGGGAACUCGAAAUCAGGGAACCUGAAAAGCGCAACCUUUUCCCUCUUGGCUCGAGCGUCCCACCUGUCUUUGUCUCGGCUUCCCCAACUGUAUUUUUCCGCAUCCUGACGGGAAUCAGCACGGCCCAUCCAGCCGUAACAGUCGCCUAUGGUUACACAGGUUUCAACACCUAA